GCUGUCAAAAGGCGGUGAGCAGGAAGGGAGAAGACGCUGUGAGAGAGCCCGUGGGUCGCGCCGAGACAGGAAGAUAUUAAUAACAACAGGCAAUAUUUGUAAUUGAAGAGAAUCUCUCAACAACAACAACAGGAAAAAGCCAUGAGCAAGAUCCUGACGGUGAAGACCUCCCCGUUCAGCGACCAGAAGCCGGGCACCAGCGGCCUGAGGAAGCGGGUCGCCGUCUUCCAGUCGAAGACCAACUACGCCGAGAAUUUCAUCCAGUGCAUCUUGGCGGCGGCGGCCGAGCCGGCGGAGCGGCAAUGCGCUGUCCUGGUGGUCGGGGGAGACGGCCGAUUCUACAAUAAACAUGUCAUCCAGCUCAUCAUCCAGAUGUCGGCGGCCAACGGGAUUGGACGCUUAGUAAUUGGGCAGAAUGGAAUUCUCUCGACUCCAGCUGUAUCCUGCAUUAUCAGAAAAAUCAAAGCAAUUGGAGGAAUUAUUCUGACAGCAAGCCACAAUCCUGGUGGGCCUGAUGGAGAUUUUGGGAUCAAGUACAAUAUUUCCAGUGGAGGUCCAGCACCUGAGGCUGUCACAGAGAAGAUUUUUCAGCUCAGCAAAACUAUUGAAGAAUAUGCUAUCUGUCCAGAUCUGAAAGUUGAUCUAACUACAAUUGGAAAACAGCAGUUUGACUUAGAAAACAAGUUCAAACCAUUUACAGUGGAGAUUGUGGAUUCAGUGGAGGCCUACACUAACAUGCUACGGAACAUCUUUGAUUUUAGUGCCUUGAAGGAGCUACUUUCUGGUCCAAAUCAGUUGAAGAUCAGAUUGGAUGCCAUGCAUGGAGUUAUGGGCCCUUAUGUUAAGAAGAUUUUGUGUGAAGAGCUUGGGGCUCCUGCAAACUCCGCAGUGAACUGUGCGCCCCUUGAAGACUUUGGCGGGCACCAUCCUGAUCCGAACUUGACAUAUGCUGCGGACCUGGUGCAGGCAAUGCAAACAGGAGACUAUGACUUUGGAGCUGCUUUUGACGGUGAUGGUGAUCGGAACAUGAUCCUUGGAAAACAUGGAUUCUUCGUAAACCCGUCUGAUUCCGUGGCUGUGAUUGCUGCAAACAUCUUCACUAUUCCAUACUUUCAGCAGACUGGUGUACGUGGAUUUGCCCGCAGCAUGCCCACUAGUGGAGCACUCGACCGGGUUGCUAAGGCUACAAAAAUAGCCUUGUAUGAGACCCCCACUGGCUGGAAGUUCUUUGGAAACCUGAUGGAUGCCAACAAACUUUCCCUUUGUGGCGAAGAAAGCUUUGGUACCGGGUCUGACCACAUUCGUGAAAAAGAUGGUUUGUGGGCUGUGCUUGCCUGGCUGUCCAUUAUUGCCAAACGCAAACAGAGUGUGGAAACAAUCAUGGAGGAACACUGGCAGAAAUAUGGUCGCAAUUUUUUCACCAGGUAUGACUAUGAAGAAGUAGAUGCUGCAGCAGCGGGUAAAAUAAUGAAGGAUUUGGAGACUAUAAUGUCAGAUCGCGCUUUUGCUGGCCACAAGUUCACCGUUUGUGAGGAAGAGUACAUUGUGGACAAGGCUGAUAAUUUUGAAUACUGCGACCCUGUUGAUGGCAGCAUCUCAAGAAACCAGGGAUUGAGAAUCAUUUUUACAGAUGGAUCACGCCUUAUCUUUAGAUUAAGUGGAACUGGCAGCGCUGGAGCAACUGUCAGAAUUUACAUUGAUAGCUAUUAUAAAGAUGCAUCUAAAAUCUUGAAAGAUCCACAGGAAAUGCUCGCCCCUCUAAUAAAAAUUGCUUUGAAGGUUUCUCAGCUUCAUGAGCGAACAGGCCGCACCAGCCCUACAGUGAUCACUUAAAAGUCUAAUACUGAUAAAUCAGAAGAUAAAAUAUUGGAGAAGGAAUUACUAAAGGAAAAACCUGAAAAAAUGUGAAAAGUAUUACUGUAAACUAUCAUUUCCUACUUCAUGUUCAAGUUUUCUGAAUAUCGUAGAGAGAAAAAGCUAUUAGAGAAAAUGAACAUGGGCUAGGAAUGCUGAAGUAAAAAUGUAAUAAAAUAUAAAUAUAUAUAUAUACAUACUCCAUUGGUGUUAUGUUGUUUCCAGCCUCUUAAAUGGUUUAGAUGAAAACUAAAAUUAACUUUGGUUCGUAACUAAAUAUGUGUUCUCAUUAUCAACACCAGUAUUGUAUUACAACUAGAAACUUGUCCAAAUUAAUACUUGAAAGGACACCACACACACACAAUUUAUUUUAAAGUGACAAACAAGCAUCAACAAAACCAGCAACAACUUAUUUCACAUGAAAUAACUGAUUUUCUGUUUCAUUGAUAUGCUCAGCGUGGUUGUCACAGAUUAGUCACAUGUUUGUUCAGUUGAAUUUUUUUCAGAGAUAUUUUGUUGAUCAUGAUGGUGCUUGUUCAGCAGGUUCCUGAUCCUAUGCUUUUAUGGUCAACAGUGAUAAACAGAAAGUAUUUUAGUUUAUAGCAAACUUGUAAAUUACCUGGCUCAUCAGAAGUGGACAGACAGGACACAAAUGAAACGAAAUGAUUACUUUAUUUCAAUAGUGCAAUUAAGAUUCAGUCAAUACCCGAACAAAAUGACAUCAUUUAUUCUCGAAAACUUUUUCAAUUGAUUUGUGGCAAAUUUCAGUCUUUAAUCGAUUUAAGUAAUAGAAAGCAAAUUUCAUUUUCACUACAGUAAGGAUCAUUACACUUUAAUCUGAGUUCAGAAUGUAAAACAGUUUACUGCUUUGCAAUUAUAUUGUUGGUAAAUACUUGACUACAUCCUCUUAAAAUAAAGCAUCACAUUGUA